AUGAGUGGCAACUCUGCUGGCUCGCCUGCUCCCGCUUCUACUGUUGCUGCUGCAUCCGCGGUAAAUGCUCUCGCCACCGCCUGGGCAUCUGUUCAUGGGUGGAAGCGGGCUCGUGUUGAUGAAAAUGGCUCCACGCCAUCUCUGGCUUCAUCUCAACCGCUCACUCUCUCAGCUCCAUCUGCAUUGCCUUCCUCUCCUAUACCUCCUUCGUCUGCUAGUUCGCUUUUCGAUAAAAAGACUACAGAUUCUAAUCCAACCAGUGCUUCCGAUGUAUCUGCUGGCUCCAAUGGUAAUGCGGAGCCUACAGAUACAACCGCAUCUGCAGCGGCUGCACAUGUUUUCGCUACUGCCGUGGCGGCUGUUGCCAUGGCAGCUGCUACUAACAACAGCGGCAAUGGCAAUAACAUCAGUAAUAAGGCUCCUUAUCCUGCAUCUUCGAGAGCUUUAUCAGUAUCCUGCUCUUCAUCACCCACACUUUCUACACUGUCAUCCAUCAGUCCGGUGCGGCCUGGGCAGCCAAAAGCGUCUGUCGAUGAGUCUCAAUCUGAUCGAGGUCUUCAAAACUUACAUCAUCAUGGUGUAUAUCAAAAUUCUGAUCCUUCUCCCUCGGGGGUAUCUAUCAGGCCUAAUCAAGUAAGAUAG